UACCAGUGAUAGAAAAAAGAGGUAUCCCGCUUUGUUGGACGAUUGGCGCGUGGCGAAGACGUGGUGUUUCGACGGUCAUUUGGCACGUAGUACCAAGUGGCGCGAUCGUUCUCGCGACGAAGAUAAUUAUUCACGCGUGAAAACGAAUUUUCACAAGCGAAACAAAAGAGAGAAGUAGCGCAAGCAGUUCUCGGAGGGGAGCCAGUGCCGAGAAAAAUCGUUCUACUCUUUUUCUUUUGAUAGGUUUGUUCGUUCGAAUUUCAAAUCGUCGGGCGAAAAGAUCGGAAGGAAGUUAGGUAUCGCGCGGACGCGAAGGCACAACACCGACGACGUCGUUGCAAAGUCGCGUGCAAAGGGUGUGAAAUGCGUCGCGCUGCAGUUCGAUGUUCGAUCCGACAGCGGCGGACGACCUGACUUCACCGGAUCGCCUCUCCGUCGUCGCGUGCACCUCCUCUUCUCCCUCGGCUUCAGUCCAACGAUGGAUCAGCGCAGCUGCGGUACGCAAUUCGAAAUUCUCUCCCGGUAGCGGACGAAGCGAAACAAAAGUGUAAUAAUCUCGGUAAGCUGCGUCCAAUCGCCACCGCUUAGAGCUGAUUGACGACGAAACACUCGGCGGACGUUUCGCGCGGUUCCCGAAUGCGCCAUGGAUUUCGCACGCUGUAUUGACUUCGUCGAUCCGUGCAAUCGAUAAUAUCCCAUUCGACACGUUGCGUCGUUCUCCUCGUCCUGACUCAUCGUGCGAUUUAAAAGAAAGAAAGAAGAGAAAGAAAGGAAAGAGAUCAAAGAGACAAUCCAAGCGCACACAGAAAAACCUAUUGAGACGCACGUUUUUAUCACGCGGCGUGUCACUCUUCGACUUGUUUAUACGUGCUGAUGAAAAACGAUCCCGACCGCACUCAACGUGAAGCGAAAAUGAUCGACGUUUUAUCUGCCCAUUGUUUCCAACGGUGAUCAAGAAAUGUCGAUGUUUACGCGUUGAUAAAUCGAGAUACCGUGUAAAUUGAGAUCUCGCUGAUUGCGACUCUAAGAGGAAAUCGUUUCGAAAGAAAGGCGGAUGACGAUUCGAUCGUGGAAGGCAGCCUAGUGGUAAAGUAGUAGAAGCGGGGACGUGUACUACGCACGUAUAGCGCAACGCACAAGAAUUUUUACCGGCCGUUAUGACAUUACGCGCGAAUGCGUCGGGCACUCUAAAAACGUGGACAGACCGCCGCGAAACGAGCUCGCAUCAGUCCCGCGUUCUUUUCCAUUGUCCACGCACGAACAAAAACUGUCGGACACACCGUCGUGGUAGAGGAAGUCUCAUCGACGCGUAAUAAUGCAGCAGCACCGAGUCGAGACGCAGAUACUCCACGAGGAGCAGAUCCUGGAGGCGAUAGAUCAGUUGCGUCGACGAAAGGCGCGACCGGACGCCGACCGUAUCUGCAAUUACUUGUUGAGGAAGUUCUCGGUGGACGCACGGGACACCAUAGCUGAUCUUCAUCGGUUGAUCGAAGCGGAGAAGGUGAUACAGGUGGACUACAAGGGCAACACUAGUUACCGAAAUGCCUCGAAAUGGUCACGGCUGCAGCUGUAUAAGAAUCGACCGGAAGGUUUCGUGAAGGAAAAGCUAAACUCCGGGAUGGUGGCCGGCGCCGUUGCCGAGCUUGUUGUCGAGGAGCCGGAUUACCUUGAUCAGGGUGUACCAGCGUAUAGGCUGAUCGAGCAGUUGCUCGAUGGUAUGUCAAAUCCUACUUCCAGACGCAUGGUAGAAGAUUUUCUCGGGAAAGAGGUGGCCAGUGGUAAUUUGACGCGUCUCUCAAACGGUAAUUACUCGCUGGUGGCGACGUCUGACAUGACAACCACCGCCGAGCCGAUACAUCGUGAAUCUUUUACUCUCGAGAAUGGGAACGCGCGGCGGAAGGAGCUGCAGACCGUUUCGUCGACCACCGGUGCGUUGUACGACUUCGACGAGACGGAGAACUUGACGAUCACGGACUCGAGGUCAAACACGCCGAGAUCAUCGCGUCAGGCAAGUCCUAAGUCCGAUCCGCAGAUUAAAAAGGAAGAAUGUUUCGAAAUAAUCGUCGGGAGGAACGAAAGCACCGAGUCACCGGUGGAACACGAUCCUGUGAAGGAGCAGGAACCGCAGGAGCCAUCGCAGACGUCCGUCGAAGAUGUGAAGGAAGAGUCGAAAAAUACGGAUGGCCAGACUCAUAACCUUAAAAGAUCGUCGAAAGCCGAGCGUAAACAACGCCUACUCGUUCGGACGGAUGAUCCUAUGGAUAUAGAGAUUAAAUUCGAGGACUAUCGGAAUAAAGACAAUAAAGAAGAGAUAAAUUCGCAGAAGGAGAAGAGAGAGGAGACCGGGCAUCUUAGUGAGGAACGAGAAGACGAGGAUGCGGGAAGAAGUUCCACUAAUCCUUCGCCUACACCAUCCAACACUAACGUUGGGGGUUUUCGCAGCGCUCGCAGGAAGAGAGCGAAAAAGGUGUUUGAUCCUUCUGAUAACAAUCUUGUGAAAAGAAAACGCGGGAGGCAACCAGGCUCGCAAAAUAAAUCUUCUGUAUCUCAAGAAUCCCAAGAUUCUUCUAAACCGACUGUCAAAGAUGGGCCUUGCAGGCAAUGUAGUCUCUGUGCCAAAGAAAAGCAAGAAAAUCUAGUUGCUUGUCGUGACUGUACCGUACGAGCACAUCCAAGUUGUAUUUAUAGCCCAGAAGAAAUGAUUCAAAAAGCUGGCAGCAAUUGGCAAUGCGAACGUUGCAAGAGUUGUACAAUAUGUUGUGAAACUUCAGAUGCUGGACCACUUGCAACAUGUUUUACUUGUGACGAAGCUUAUCAUUAUUAUUGCCACACACCACGCAUAAUAAUUCCUAAAUCAAAUUCAAAGUGGCAAUGUAAUGAUUGUGUUCAAAAACAAUAUAAAACAAACAUAAACCAAAAUAUUAAUCUGGCUACCAGUAGGCCCGAUACACCGUCAAAUCCUCCUGUGUUACCCCCGGUUCUAAGUCCUCAAGUUUCCCCUGCCAGAGGAUCUUCUGAUCAAAUGGAAGAUGAUAGCCCGAGAGAUGGAAUUGAUCCAAAUAUACCUGAUGCUUCAGAUUGGACAUCUGAGCAAGUGUAUCAAUAUUUUGCAAGACUUUUUCCAAAAGAAGCAGAAGUAUUUAGACAACAGGACAUUGACGGCCAUUCUUUGUUAUUGAUGAAACGAUCUGACGUGUUAAGUGGACUUGACUUACUUCUAGGGCCUGCAUUAAAAAUAUAUAGACAUGUAUUGAAAUUACAAGUACGAAGGGAUGACCCGAAACUUUAUUGGCUGUAAAUGCCUUCAGUUAAAUACUUAAGCUUAGGAUAAUAUUUAAAUAACAUUUAAAUAAUAAUUACACUGUACAGGUUGAUUUCUUUUAUAUUUAAGAAUUGAAUAUUUUUUUGAUUCAGGAUACUUUUUUAUAUUGUACAUAUUGCAGUUAUCUUGAAUUAAAAAAAUAUUUCUUAUUAAAAAAUUUGAAAAUGCCGAAAAAUAACAAAGAAUAAUAAGAAAAAUUGAAAGUUGUUUUUUUUUUGUACAAAUACUUUUGAAUUAAAUAGUUUAAAUGGCUUAAUAUUAAUGUAAAUCAUCUUUAUUACAAAUACUUCUUUCAAUAUUCUAUAAUUGUAAUCAAUAUUUUUAAAAGGUGCUAAUCUUAUUUGUUAUGUGUUAAAUUUCUGUCUCAUGAUAAAAAUACUAAAAAUUGUUCUGUUUGAAUAAAAUAGUUCAAGUAUGGAGUAAUAAUAAGUACUAUUUGCAUACCUUCAUAUCACUUCUUUUUUAUUUUUUACAGUGUAUAGUAAGAUAAAUAUUGGUAAUACAGUAAAUUAAUAAUAUUCUAUAUAAGGAACAUGAUACUUUGGUUUGAAAUAUACUUUCUUAUACAUUAAUUAUGUUAAUACUUAAAAGAUAUUGUAUUUUGUACAAUUAAAAGAAACGUUAAAUCUUUGAUUAGAACUUUUGUAAUUACAUAUAUUAAUCUCUAAUAAUUUUUCAAAGACUAGCUCAUUUUUAUAAAACAAAAUUCUAUUUGAAAUCAAUUCUUAUAAUAAUAUACAGGACAGAUGGAAUUUAUUCACCUAUUUUUUUUAUAAAGAAAUUUAUAACAUUAGUAUAUCAUCUUAACACCACAUUUAUAACAUUUAUACUAAAAUAUUUAAUUUAAAAUAUAAUUUUAAUGUUACAAUAAUAUGAAAAUAAUAUUGCUUUUUGAAACAAAUAUUCUAGUAACUGUAUAAUCUCAUUGAUCUUUUACUUUAAAUUACAUUAAAUUGAGAAACGCUGUAUAUUUAAUACUUUACAAUAUUCUACUCUACAGGUAAGGACAUUGUAACAUUUCUUUACUUAUUUAUAAGUAAUAUCUUACGUUGGUUAGAUAAUCAUACAUUAAUUUGUUUCUUGAGAAAAAAUACGAAAUUUAAACAUUUUUGCACAAUGCAAUUAAAAUGUAUCACGGAAAAGUCUUAAAUUAUAUUUCAAAAAUUGCAAUGACAUAAGUUAUGUACUUAUUAUAUGAUUCAACGCAAUAUUGAAAUAUAAUUAAUAUCUAAGACUUUCUUUGUGUAAGAAUAAUCGUACAUAAUAUUGUAGUUACUUUUAUAAUCAUAAUAUUUUACAUUUUCUUAUGCAACAUAAAACUUACAAAUACAUAGUUUCUUAACCUUGUAAUUUUUAAAUUUUACUUUGCACUGUACUGUAAUAUUAGAUAUAAAAAAUACAGAAAAACAUAUGCAUAUAUUAAAUAUAGAAAUAUUUUAAAGCAAGCUAACUUCAUUUUCUAAAUAUAAAAUAAAAUUUAUCACUAUUAGAAUGUUUAA